UUGGGUGAGCCACAACCUGACCGCAUCACCAAGAUGGGACAGUUCUACGAUAAGUUGUAUGGGUACUCGGUUAUCACGCGAUAUCUUUUGAUGGUGUUGCCGCUUGCUAUCUUGCUUGCUAUUCCGAUUAUUAUCGGGGCUACUGUUGCGCAGGAUGCGAAGAUUGGUGGGGUGAGGAUUGUGUGGCUUUUCAUCUGGCUCGAGGUCGUGUGGGUUUCGCCGUUCGUUACCAAGCUCGUUGCUCAACUCCUUCCACGUCUGUUAUACAUCGUUAUCGGUGUCGUGUCUGUGUCUACGAGGAAGUAUGCGAUGAUCAUCGAUGCGUUGCAGGUUCCUCUCACGAUUCUGGGUUGGUUCUUCACGAGUUAUAUCACGUUCUUGCCGAUUAUGACGAGGAAUCCUGAUCAACGGGCUGCGAAUGAUACGACGACGAAGAAGUGGGAGAGUACUAUUGCGAGGAUCUUCGCUGCUCUUACGUUGGGUGCAUUGCUCUUCUUGGCUGAGAAGGUCAUGAUUCAGCUCAUUGCUGUCAACUUCACCAAGGUGUCAUACGAAGAUCGGAUCAGGGAAAACAAGUGGUCCUUGCACAUGCUUGCAAACUUGUACGAGUGCUCUCGCCGCUUGUACCCCACCUACACCAUGGAAGCAGAGGCCGAGGAGGCGAUGUUGGGUUAUGCUGACCGCUCCGGACGUUCGAGCCGUAUGAGUCUAUUCCAGGCCAACCCUAAAGGCGACGCGAAGAAGCUUCAGAAGAAUGUCAAGCGUGUGGUUGAUAAGACGACUUCUGCAUUCGGUAACGUUGCUAGCGAGAUCACCGGAAAACAAGUCUUCAAGCCCGACUCCCCGUACUCUGUCGUUGUAGAUGCUAUGGCAUCCUCGAAGAAGGCAUCUACGCUCGCUCGUCGUUUGUUUUGGAGUUUCAUUCCGGAUGGUGAGGAUAGAGAUGAACUCAUCCUCGAUGAUCUCGUCAGGAUCAUGGGACCCAAUAAGCGUGAGGACGCAGAGAAGGCGUUUGGGUUGUUCGAUAAAGACGGGAAUGGGGACUUGAGUAUGGAUGAGAUGAUUAUGGCCGUACAGGAAAUCCAGCGUGAACGUGAUGCGUUGUCGAGGUCAAUUAAGGAUGUCUCGUCUGCUGUCCGUAGAUUGGAUGAUUUACUCCUUGUCGUUGUGGGAUUCAUUGAUGUCUUCAUCAUGGUGGCGAUGUUGUCGACAAGUUUGUCGACCCUCAUCACGACGUAUGCUACUACCUUCCUCGGUAUGACUUGGGCUUUCUCUGGGACUUGGACGGAGUUGUUGAAUGCGAUUAUUUUCUUGUUUAACAAGCACCCAUUCGACGUCGGAGAUCGUGUGGUGAUCUUGGAUCAGAAGUAUAUCGUGGUUGAGAUGGCGCUCCUGUACACACGGUUCAGGAGAUCGGAUGGAAUGAUCGUGCAAUGUCCCAACUCCAUCCUCGGAACAUUGUGGGUCAACAACGUUCGUCGUUCUGGUGCGAUGUUCGAGUCUCUUACACUUUCGGUGUCGUUCGCUACCACAAUUGAGGAGAUCAAUGAGUUACAGUACGAGAUGAUCCAGUUCCUCAAGGCUAACAAGCGUGACUUCUACGAGGACUUGUCGAUCGAGAUCAAUGAUAUCCCCAAGCUCGGAUCCAUGGAUCUGACGCUUUCUAUUAAGCACAAAAGCAACUGGCAAAACGAUGCAUUGAGGGCGCAGAGGAGGAACAAGUUCAUGUGUGCGCUCGUAUUGGCUGUGAGGAAGGUUGGGUUGUACGCGCCUGGUGCUGCGGCUCCUGUCCCCGCUCUGGGUGAAUCUGAGAACCCGAUGUUCAUCAUC